AUGCGUCAUGCGUUUAAAAAGAAAAUUUUAUUUUGCGGUAUUAUUGUCAUAACAUUGAUAAUACUUCUAAUCCAUCCCGAAACGAAGCCUCCAAGGACGUACGAAUAUAUUGAAAAAGGCAAUAUUCUGAGCAACCUUUUGGAAGAAGUUUCUGAAAAUUUUUCAAGUACGGCUUUAAUUGACUGUGAUUAUCGUGACAUUAUAUACGAUAGAACUACUCUGCCCAUUAGUUUAAUGGAUGGGGAUUUGAUAGAAGGUCAUAAAAUAAAAGAAGGUGGAGAAUACACUCCCUCGGACUGUAAGCCUAAAUUUAGUACUGCAAUUAUUGUACCAUAUCGUGAUAAAGCUGAAGAGUUACGUGGAUUUUUAGUGUACAUGCACACAUUUUUUCAUCGUCAACAUAUCCAUUACCGCAUCUAUGUGAUCGAACAAGUGGACACACAGCCUUUCAAUCGAGCUAAACUCAUGAACAUUGGGGCUAUUGCUGCAAUAAAAGCUGGAUAUCCUUGUUUGAUACUCCAUGAUGUUGAUUUAUUGCCACUGAGACCAGCAAACUUAUAUGCAUGUACAAAACAACCUAGACAUAUGUCAUCUAGUAUUGAUAAGUAUAGGUUUGUCCUAGCGCAUAUAAAACUCUAUGGUGGUGUCACGGCAAUACCUUCAAAACAAUAUAAAGAAGUGAAUGGUAUGAGCAAUGAUUUCUAUGAAACAGGAGGGGAAGAUGAUGACUUAUACUGCCGCCUAGAGAACCACAAGUUGAAAAUGUGCCAAUUUGACCCAGAUAUAAGUCAAUAUCAUAUGUGGGAACAUCAGAAAGCAAUAGAUACUAAGCAGAGAAAAUAUCCAAAGUUCUCCAAGGAAAAGAUGUUAAGGGAUGGAUUAAACUCAUUGAAAUACACAGAGGUAGCAACAGUCCUUCAUCCACUUUUUACUCAUAUCAUGGUUGAUUUGUAA